UAAUUGUAUCAAAUAAAAUGGUAGAGCCGAGUCGAUUUGUCAUACAGGUCGUACUGUUCGUAUCAGAACAGGAAAACGUAAAGUUAUACAAUAAUAAUUAAAGUUUCUGUGUUUUAGUAGUAAAAUAUUUCUUUAACACCGUAUAUGUACUCUAUGUGUGUUUUAUUCGGAUAUACAUACACGUACUUUGUAAAUGUUUAGAGCACCAGAAUGGCUUCUUCUAACACUUUACAAAAGGCUAUUGAUCUUGUGACGAAAGCCACCGAAGAAGAUAAAAACAAAAAUUAUGAAGAAGCCUUAAGACUUUAUGAACACGGAGUAGAAUAUUUUCUGCAUGCUGUGAAGUAUGAGGCUCAAGGUGAAAGAGCUAAAGAAAGCAUAAGGGCUAAGUGUCUACAGUAUUUGGACAGGGCUGAAAAACUUAAAGAAUACCUCAAGAAAGAUCGUAAGAAAAAACCUGUCAAGGAUGGAGAGUCUAACUCCAAGAGUGAAGAUAAGAAGAGUGAUAGUGAUAGCGAUUCUGAUGACCCUGAAAAGAAGAAAUUGCAGGGGAAACUUGAGGGAGCUAUUGUUGUUGAAAAACCCCAUGUUAAAUGGAGUGACGUAGCUGGCCUAGAAGCAGCCAAAGAAGCUUUAAAAGAGGCAGUCAUAUUGCCUAUCAAAUUUCCUCAUUUAUUUACCGGUAAAAGAAUCCCCUGGAAGGGUAUCCUUUUAUUUGGUCCCCCUGGAACUGGUAAAUCCUAUUUAGCUAAGGCUGUGGCUACGGAAGCUAACAAUUCUACUUUCUUUUCCGUAUCAUCAUCUGAUCUUGUAUCAAAAUGGCUUGGUGAAUCAGAAAAACUUGUAAAAAAUCUAUUUGAACUUGCAAGGCAGCAUAAACCAAGCAUUAUAUUUAUUGAUGAGAUUGAUUCUUUAUGCUCGUCUCGUUCUGAUAAUGAAUCUGAAUCUGCUAGGAGGAUCAAAACUGAGUUUCUAGUGCAGAUGCAAGGUGUAGGGAAUGAUAUGGAUGGCAUUUUAGUUCUUGGAGCCACAAACAUCCCAUGGGUUCUUGAUGCAGCUAUAAGAAGGCGUUUUGAGAAACGUAUUUACAUAGCAUUGCCAGAGGAGCAUGCUAGACUGGAUAUGUUCAAAUUACAUCUCGGAAAUACAAGGCAUCAGUUAACUGAGCAAGAUAUGAAAGUGUUAGCUGCAAAGACUGAUGGAUAUUCCGGAGCAGAUAUUAGUAUUGUCGUUCGAGAUGCUUUAAUGCAACCUGUCCGCAAAGUACAAUCUGCAACUCAUUUUAAGAAAGUGUCUGGACCUAGUCCAACAGAUCCGAAUUUAAUAGUUAAUGACCUCUUAACGCCAUGUUCUCCAGGGGAUCCAGGAGCAAUGGAAAUGACGUGGAUGGAGGUACCGAGUGACAAACUCGGUGAACCACCAGUUACUAUGUCUGACAUGCUUCGAUCACUAGCAACAUCAAAACCAACUGUCAAUGAUGAUGACAUGGUAAAAUUGAAGAAGUUUAUGGAAGAUUUUGGUCAAGAGGGUUAAUUUAUUUUGUCAGAUUUAUAGAGUUUAACAGAUUAUAAAGCACAGUGCGUAUAUUUUUGCAAGAGCUUUUUACAUUAAAUAUAACUUAUGUUCUUUGAUU